AUGUAUAGCGUACAAUGGAUAGGUUUCCACGCUACCUCAGAUACGGAUAAUAGUCAUGCAGAAUUGCCCGAGGUGGAACCCCGUGUUAUGCGAUUGACGGGUCCUCGGCUUCUACCAGAUCUGCGUGGAUAUAGUCACUCUCAUUCGAGGCCAAAAAUACGGGAACUUCACCAAGGAUUUCCCCAGACAGACCUCAUCACGCAAGCACACACCCUUGAGCCAGCCGCCAUCGAGAUGGAACAGUUUUGGAAGUCGAUUACCCCUUACUUUGCCACGCAGCCUUUCGAUAUAGGUCUUUAUCGGAUUGUCAUGGAAGAAUGCUCAAGUCUGGCCUCCGAACCUACUGACGUGACAUACGAGGAGGUCAAUUGCCCGGGCACCGUCCGACCAGCCAUCUGGUGUAAGCCGGCAUUAGCCUCACCAUCACGCGCCAUCCUCUAUCUCCAUGGAGGGGCUUUCAUAGCCUGCUCUCCAGCCAGCCAUCGCAAGCUGGCUGCACACCUAGCAAAGAAAACUGGGGCUUACGCCCUCUUGGUAGAUUACCGGAGAGCCCCAGAGCAUCAGUUUCCCUGUCAAAUCGAGGACGUGGUAUCCGCUUACAAGUGGCUUCUAAACAACCGCGGCAUCUCGAACAGCAGCAUAUGCUUGGCAGGAGACUCGGCUGGAGGUAAUCUGACUGUUUCCGUCUCUCUUGCGCUCAGGAACCAAGGUAUUCCUAUGCCGGCCGCCAUCGCCGCCUUUUCUGCUUGGCUCGACAUGCGCGUUGCGGGGGAGAGCUACAAGAGAAACGCCGUGAAGGACGUACUGGCAGACCCUGACACUCUUCCCGGUGUCAUCGCCACGUACCUCGGGGGAGCCUCUCUGGACGAUCCGCUGGUGGAUGUGCUCCGCGCCGACCUAAAGGGCUUGCCGCCCAUGUACCUGACGGCCGGCACCGCGGAAGUUUUAGAGAGCGAUGCUAUGACACUGGCCAGAAGGGCCCGGGAGGCAGGAAUUGACGUGCAGCUGGAACUACCCAGCGACUUGCAACAUAUAUGGAUAUGUCUGGCCGGGAACGCGGCGGAAGCCGACACUACCCUAUCACAAGCAGCGGCCUUCCUCCGCAAGAGAAUGGAGUGA